UAUGGAAAUAAUUAUAAUAAGCCGUAAUGUCAGGCAGUCAACAUGAACCAAAAAACCCAAUAGGUCACACCAUAGAGUACUGAUUAGAAGGAGACGCAUAUAGUGGUAAUAAGGUUCGAGCUAGAAGUAAAACGCCCGAUGCGCUCGCAGUCGUUUCAUAGCACGUGAUCAGGGAUUUCUUGUUUUAGAUUCGACAUUGAAUACUCUCGUAGUCCUGCCGCUGCCUAUCGCCGCGGGUGGAAGCAGGUCUAUUCUACACAUCUUACAAGUUAUUACAAUGAGGUUCCUCUCUGUUGAGGUAAUCGUCAUUUCUCCUUAACUGAUAUAUACAUAUUUUACACAAAUAAUAUUUUCUCUUAUCUAGAAAUUCAAUGUCUCUAUGAAAUAAGGAUAUUUCGAAUUCGCAAAAAUUUUCGUUUUCGAGUGACAGUGACUUGAUGUGAUUUGUAUCUCUCUUAGUAUUCAAUGCAGAAUUCAAAGAUGAUUCGAAAAUAGUUCAUCAAGUGUGGAGGUGGGAAAUCAACAAUCGAUCAAUGGCGGUCGAUAUUUUGGAUGAAGACCACUUCGCGGUGAGCGCGAUCGUCACUGUCGGUAUGCAAAUUAUAUUCUUCACAAUUGCGGCGACCUUCCAGCUGGACAAGCUAACAGAUUUUGCCGGCGGCACGAACUUUAUCAUCCUCGCCCUUCUCACUUUCUUUCUCGGCCAAGUAGGCAAGCCUUAUGAUAGUAGACAACUUAUGGUCACUAUAUUCGUUUGCUUGUGGGGUGUUCGUCUUUCUGGAUAUCUAUUAUAUCGGAUUAUUAAAAUUGGUCGCGAUAAAAGAUUUGAAGAUCGUCGCAGUAAUGUGAUUCGUUUUGCUGUAUUUUGGACAUUUCAGGCUGUAUGGGUCUAUGUUGUGAGUUUACCAGUAAUUAUCAUUAAUUCACCGCGACACAAAAUACCACCAGCUCCUAAAACGAUGACAACACUAGACAGUACUGGUACGGGACUUUUCGUAACUGGUUUAUUAGCUGAAACUUAUGCCGAUUUGCAGAAAUUUUCUUUCAAACAAGAUCCAGUGAAUAAUGGCAAAUGGUGUAAUGAUGGAUUAUGGAGAUUAUCCAGACAUCCAAAUUAUUUUGGAGAAAUAGUAGUAUGGUGGGGUAUCUUUGUAAUAUCUUUGAAUGUAAUCGAAGGCAUUGAAUGGAUUGCUAUAGCUUCUCCAAUAUUCACUACUUUCAUCAUUCUAUUCUUAUCUGGAAUGCCUCUAUUAGAAAGAGCUUCCGAUGAGAGAUAUCGUGAUAAUGCCGAAUAUCGCUAUUACAAACUAUCUACAUCGCCAUUAAUACCAAUACCACCAUCUAUAUAUGUUGAAGUGCCUCAUUUUCUAAAAUUUCUCUUUUGUUGCGAAUUUCCACUUUACGAUUCGUUAGAUGUAAAACCACGAUCAGCUGUCACUGAAUCAACAUCAAUAAGUCUCGCUGCGUCUACGUAGCUAUAAUCACACGCCGGACAACCGAAUUCGAAGUCCGGCGUGCAGUCAUCUAUGACUAGCACAGCCUUUUGAGGCUGUUAUGAUUCUUUGCAUUUUAUUGUUCGCAUCGUCUUUCAUUAUUCCACUCGAUUAAGAGUGAUAAAUAAAUGGUUAUCCAAAUAAAAUUCUACAUAAUUAGAAAUUGAAAUAAAUUGAAAAAGCAUAUAUUAUGUCAUUUAAACGUUAAUAUGUUGCAAUUGCAUUUUUUAUAUUUUUUUAAAUUGAAAAUUUAAAAUUUAUUGAUGUUUUUUGUGAUUUGAGUUCAUAUAUAAAAUGCUGUUAUACAAAAAAAGUAAUAUGUAAAAUAAUAAUUAUGAAAGUAGACGCGUAUUGCUAUAUUUUGCUAUAUAAUCUAUUAAAUGAAUUGAAAAAAUUUAUAUUUUUUAAAUUUAAUUAAAAACUAUACUUAUUUUGUAUUUUUUAAAGUUAAGGAAUUUAAAAAUCUUAAAAAUAAUGUUAAAAAAUAUUAAUAAAUAUAAAAAAAUUAAAUCGAA